UCUUAUCCUUUUCUCUCUCAAGAAAAUCAAUCCCAUUCUCUCUCUUCAACAUUUAUUUCCAAGCUUCAUCAAUGGCGUCCGUUGCAAAACCAGUUUCCAAAUCAUCCAAGGCGGUCAAGAAACCCACCAGUUCUGAAAAGACACGAUCCCAUCCACCAUAUGUUGAGAUGGUGAAGGAAGCGAUUGUUGCGUUGAAGGAAAGAACUGGGUCAAGCCAAUACGCAAUUUCAAAGUUCAUCGAAGAGAAACAUAAUCAACUUCCGUCCAAUUUCAAGAAACUUCUUUUGACUCAGCUGAAGAAAUUCGUUGCCUCUGGUAAGUUAAUCAAGGUCAAGAACUCAUUCAAACUUGCUGCUGAAUUAAAACCCACCGCUGUUAAGAAGCCAAAAACUGAAACUGUGAAACCCAAAUCGGAGAAAGUGGUUAAGAAGGUUGCUGAUAAGGGAAAGAAGGUUGUGUCGAAGACUAAGGCGGCGGUUAAGCCUGCAGCGACGAAGGUUAAGAAAUCUGCGAAGACGGCGACGAUUACAUCUCCUGGAAAGAAGGCUGCGGCGGUGAAGACGAAGAAGGUGGCGGCGACUAAGAAAGCAUCGGCGGUGAAGGCGAAGAAGGUGGCGACUAAGGUUGUGAAGAAGCCGAAGAGUAUUAAGACUCCGGUGAAGAAAGCUCCGGCGAAGAAGAAGACGACGGCGACGAAGAAGUGAGAUUAAUGGUUCAAGGUUUGCUAGGGUUUCGUUUGUAAAUUUUGUUUGAAUGAUUUAUCAAUUAAAAUCUGGCAGAUUAGCUUUAAAACUUUUUACUAUUAUGUAUUUCAAAUUUGCUUAUUUUCAAUGUAAUUAGCCAAGUUUAAAUGAAUGAAAAAACUUAUGGUCUCA